AGGUGUUCCUUAGACAACUGUGCAAACAUGCAUGUCGACAGACGGUUCAAAAUCAGCCCGCCCUAUAGCACAAUGGCCAACAACUAGUACUGUCAGGGGCGCCUGACAUUAAAGAGGCGGGUGCACUGACAGACGGGAGUGUGUAAGCGACUUCAGACCGCGAGACGGAGACGUGUUGUCAACCGUGCCCUACUACGACUUCACACAGAGGAAUACAGUGCACAUGCUAUAUGCCGAUGGUUUUAGGAGAGUAGUCACACGCGGCUGCGUAUUCUUAUUUUCCAUCGAAGAGACGAGCGGCUGGUUAAUUGAUUGUUCCAUCCAGAACGACGACUGCACCUCCAGGAUAGAGACCCCUGCCCUCGGCUCGCCCGGCUGGUGUUUCCUUCGCGGAGGAAGUCCCGCAAGCCUUCAAGAUGCACAUGAAUAGUUUGCUGAACCAAUGGAGCGAGCUCUCCAGGACGUGCUCGGUGGACGUCGGCGUGGACACGGAGGCGGACUCGUCGUCCUCGGAGGUGGACUCGUCCUCGGAGCCCAGCAGCCCCGCCCCGUUGGGCGAGACCGCGGACUCCUACUGCCAGGCCGACCGCUGGCACGCGCUCCGCGCCACCGUCCGCAAACUGGAAUUCUGGGAAAACUUCAGCGCGGAGCGCAUCGGAAGCGGCUUCUCCUCCAAGGUCUACAAGGUGACGCACUGCACGACGCGGAAGGCGAUGGUGGUGAAGAUCUACAAGAAGGACGUGGACCAGAGCAGCAUCGUGCGAGAGAUCGGCCUGCUCCAGAAGCUCUCGCACCCCAACAUCGUCAGGUAUCUUGGAAUCUGUGUGAAGGAUGAAAAGCUGUACCCAAUCCUAGAGUACAUGAACGGCGGCUGCCUGGAGGAACUCCUCUCCAGGAAGGACGUGUCCCUGAGCUGGAGAGAGAAGGUGGACCUGGCCUGUGACAUCGCCCGCGGCAUGAUCUACCUGCACUACAAGAACAUCUACCACAGGGACCUCAACUCUAAGAACUGCCUGAUCAGGGUGUCGGCGAGGGGGCGGGAGGCCCUGGUGGCCGAUUUCGGGCUGGCGCGAGAGGUGGCCGACCUGCCCGCCAACGACCCGCAGAGGAAGCUGUCCCUCGUCGGCUCCGCCUUCUGGAUGGCCCCCGAAAUGCUGAGGGGGGAACCGUACGACCGCAAGGUGGACGUGUUCUCCUUUGGGAUUGUGCUGUGCGAGAUCCUGGGCCAAAUCCCGGCCGACCCCGAAAUACUGCCACGAACCCAGGAUUAUGGGCUGGACGUGGCUGCGUUCGAGGAGAUGGUGACGGGGUGCCCACAGCGGGUGAUAGAGCUCGCAGCCAGCUGCUGUAUGAUGGAGUCCUUUCGGAGGCCUUCCUUCUCGGAGCUGUUGGACGAGCUGGAGGAUAUCGCAGAGACCCUGGAGCUCCCAGAUUUGGAGUUGAGGUCAGGGUGGCCCCCCCCCCCCCCCAAGUUAACCCUCCCAGAGAGAAGGACUGUGGGCAUUGUAAAUAACCGGGAGUUGGGGCACCGUCCUGUCGUCAUGGCAAUCCACACUUCAUGAUGUCGCACAGAGACACGCUUAGAGGACUCCAUGCCCGGUUCAGUGGAGGGCGAGGUGUGAGCGUGUGGAUAUAAGGGCUUGUACGUUUGACUGUGUGGGCACGUGUGCAUGUGCCUCUGCAGACAGCAUAUACCCCACGUUAGCCGACAACCACUGUUCUCCGACGCUCUUUGAUAAAACAGUCUCGUCUGAAACCAGGCUGAAAGCGACAGGCCAUCAUCUUUCCCUCAUCUCUCUCCCCGUCUUUGUUUUUAGCACCGCUAACGGUUAGCUUAGCAUUCAGCUCCUCCGUCGGCCCGCCUCAUCGGUGCGUCUCAGAGUCCAGUUGGGACAGAACCAGACGGGCCCCCCCAGGGCUUUCAUUCUGAGGUGAUGCUCAGGGGGUGGCAGCGUAGCACAGUGGGUAAGGAACUGGGCUUGUAAUCGAAAGGUCGCAGGUUCGAUUCCUGAGUAGGACACUGCCGUUGUACACUUGAGCAAGGUACGUAACCUGAAUUGAUUCAGUAUAUAUCCAGCUGUAUAAUUGUAAAAGUUGUGUAAGUCGCUGUGGAUAAGAGCGUCUGCUAAAUGCCUGUGUAAUGUAAAGCUACAGCUUGAGCGUUCUCCUGAUGUAGAUUCAGGUAACAGGUAACCAGGACUGUAACAUUGCAGAAACAUUCCCUGUUCAGCUGUCGGCAGCCUCUGAUUCAUCCACCUCAUCAGCAGCGAUUUGGGCAAUUGCAAGGUGUUGAGGUUUCCGUCUCUUCAAUUUAAUAUGCUAACUCGAGCUUUUUUAUUCAGACUCUGUUUAAAGCACAUGUGCUCUUUGUCCAUGUCACCCGCGUUUUUCCAUGUGACGUCAUGUGAACGCCUCCUUUUGAAACAAGCAGAAAACUCCAGAAUAACAAUAAUAAUAAUCCAGAAUAAACCGGAACAGGGCUGCCGUUUCCUGGAGAUUCGCCACCCUGUAGGUUUUCAUUUCAAACCCCUAAUUUGGCACACCCGAUUCUGCUAAUUAGCGAUCUUUUUUUAGGGUUGGAGUGAAAACCUACGGGAUGGAAGAUCUCCAGGAACAGUGUUGGGCGGCCCUGAGAAUGGGCGGCAUCUAUAACGUUCCGUGAUUCUGUGUAAAGCUUUACUGUGGUCGAAGGACAAGCCGUUUUUACACGAUUUUUUCUUGUCUGAGGUUGACUCUGAAUCCCGGUUAAGGUGCCUGUGAAACUGUAACAGGCACAUCCUUUAAAAAAAAAAAAAAAAAUCAACAAAAUGUGAGCCCAGUCUGAGAUUUAUGUCAUUUUUACUGAUGAAAGAAUUGCUGUUUGAUCUGGAAGUAUCCGAAUGAGAAAACUAAUAUAUUUUUGUAUCAGGGUGAGUCUUGGGGAGGGAAGAGAAACACAGAAGAGGUGUUUUUCUGUUAGUGGUGUAUCAGUCACUGAACUGAAGGGGAAAAUGUUGAGCUAUAUUUCCAUUAGAAUGCUACAAGCAAAUUUGCCUCGGACCUCUAAAGACAAUUUCCUGAGAACAGAACGUCCACCAAGACAAGCAUUUCCAAAUUGAAUAAUUUAAUUGAAUGCCAGAAUAUAUGAUUGCUAAAUCCAAAAGAAAAUGGAAUAAUUUCUGUAUUUAUGUUAGAAACCUACUUCUGCUUCUACUACAAAGCAUUAAUUCACAUUAACUAAUACAAAGCUGUUGGGUUUCUGCUGUCCCAUACUGGCAUUAUAACAUGGGAACAUAGACUGGAGCUGAGAGAGAUCUGCUCAGUAUACUCUCGGGAUGUAUAAAUAUGUAAUAAAUAUGUUACAGCUUAUUAACUAAGCAUGUCUUAUUUUAACCAAUUAAAUGGAGAGUAAGUGCAGGGCACAAGUGUAGGAGUUUUACUCUUAGAGUAUAUAAUAUGUAGAGACAGCGACUCCAAUAGAAACCUAUGGGGAGCACAUCAGAACCAGGAAGUACCAUUUUUUUUGCUCAACAGACAUGCUCAGUGUGUCCUUGGUCACGGGCCUACAUCCACAUGUACAACAAGGAUAGCACAGACAUUGGCUAAAAUAAAUAAUAAAUAAAAAAUGAAUAUCUUUGUCUGUGUGGUAGAAAAAAUAUAUAUUUUACCUCGGAAAAAGAAUAAGUGAUUAUUUUCCCCCUAAUAUAAUGCAUAGAGCUAACAUCAAUAUUUGAGUGGAAGUAUUUUAUUUUUGCUGUCAAAAGUGAAUGGAGCCCAAUGGGGAAACUUGGUUUUUGAGCGAAAAUCAUAGAUAUCAGCAGGGGGCGAUAUUAUUUCCGGUGCUGAGGUUGAGAACCGAAAGCUGGCUCCUUGGUUUUGCUGCAGAUAAUGGCUUACCACUGCUCUCAGGGAAUUACCACAUUUAAUUUUACUGUAAAUAUCAACAUUAUAACCUAAAAACAAACUCCCUCAGGAAAACAUUUCAACAUAUCAAGUACUGUUAUUACAGUUGUAAACAACCAUUAUAAAUGAGACGUCUAUUUUUUUUACCAAUAUUCAGAAAAAAAAAUGUUUUCUGUCAAGUGAUUUUUUUUUUUUUUUUUUUCCACUGAACAUUCUCAGGGUCACGCAUAAGUUUUCUUGUCAAAUUGUACCAGCAUCUAAAGACUUAUAGUAUUUAAAAUAUAUUUUUGAACCAGGUCUUCUAUGUGCUCAUCUUUCUGCUUACAUCUUGGGAUGACUCUUAGUUCUGGGCAGCAGCACAGUCAUCCACUGUUCUGUAGCAUAAAAAGUUUCUCAUAAUAAAAUGUGUCCUGCAUAAAAAUAAAGCAAAAGCAACUGUCAGGUCUUCACUGAACUUUCUCAGUGUUUUUGGCAUGUGUGACUCCCCCUUACCUGAUUUACAUAUUUACUUGGAUGAAUAUUUUUUUUGUGAUAUUAUGUUUAAACCAUAUUAAGUCAUACAUGUCACACUUGUUGCAUUCCGUGGUAUUUUUGCAUUCCGUGGUAUAAUGGAUUCGUAUGAAUUGCAUACAUAGGACUGCAUUGUCAAAUAAUGUAGUAAAACUGUAUGUGACAUAAUGAAUGUUUUAUGUAUUAUUUCAGUUCAGUUUUGCCUUGCAAUAAACCAUGGGAACAUGAUCAGAAA